AUGGUGUUCCUUGCAAUAAGACCUAGCCUGUUUAAAGCAUGGCGUGAUAAAGUGGCAGAUACACCCAAAGAAGGUGAGCCCUUGACAUUGGAGAAGAUGUUGGAAGAUGAACCUCUCACUCUUGCCCACUGUAAUGAAGUAAGCAUCAUGCUGCACGAGAUGACGGAUUGUCCACUCUUCAACAGAGCAGAGUAUGUUGCCAUCAAGUACAUUGCAACCAUGGUGGCGAACCUUACAAAGGCCUUCAGUCUUCUAAGUAAGCAAUGCCGGGGCCUUAAAAUCAAGUACGACAGCUUGCUUUCCAUAGAUAGCAGGAAGCAAGACCCUCAGGUGGUCCAACUGCAGAAAGAAUUGCGAGCAGCGCUAGAGAAAAAGGCAGCUCUUGAAAUGCAAGUCCACAAAGUUGAAGAGCGGUGCAAGAUACUCCUCAUCACUAAUGAGACAAUGCAAAAAGAAUUGCAGGAUGCCAAUGAGAGAGGCAUGUUGGUGAGUAAAGUCUCCUUUCCCAAGGUUCAUUCAGGAAAGACUCCUGAGAGGAUUCUCUCAGAUCAAGAAAAGAAACUGAAAAGCAAGGAGGGGGAACAGUCACCUGUAAAACUCCAGGCUCCAUCUAUACCGGAACUGCAUGCAAAACCUGAAGAAAGAGAAAUGCCCAUCGAGAAGCUGGCAGAUGAACAGGGUAAGAGGGAAAAACUGCAAGCAACUGUUCCAGAGAAAACGGACUACUUGCCUCCUCCUACAAUAAGCACUCAAGAUGGUGGGAUUAAGAUGGAUAAGAAGGACCAAGAGAAAGACACAUUUCCAGAGGUGGUACCAACUGACAUUUCAUCUGACAAACAUCAACCAGAGAUAGCACAGAAGUCCCAAGAAGAAAAAGGUCCCCUGGCAGAGGAUGCACUGAAGUCUCCAGAAGAAAAAAGCCCUCUGGAAGAGAAAGCUCCCAAGUCUCCAGAAGAAAAAGGCCCUCUGGAAGAGAAAGCUCCCAAGUCUCCAGAAGAAGAAGCCCCCCUGGAAGAGGAAGCCCAGAAGAGCCCAGAAGAAAAACCCCCCACAGAAGAGCACCUCUUAUUAGCACCACCUAUCAGCACUACUACAGAGGACAGACCAUCUCUUGAAAAAGACCAAGCGCUCAUCAGCAAACGGAAAAUAACCAAAGUUGUCAGACGGUCCUCAAAGUUAAGUCAAUGGAAAAAAUUACAAACUUCCCUUAUAACAAAGUCUACAAAACCCUCAGAUGAGCCAUCACAGCCACCUGAAGAAAGCAGUAUCAUCUCAGAUGAUGCAUCAGUGGUACAACCUGCCCCUGCAAUCGACACUGAAGUGUCACAACCUGCUACUUUACAUGACACCACGAUCACACAACCUACCACAUUAGAUGAUACAUCAGUGACACAACCUGCCACUUUAGAUGACAGAGCGGUCACACAACCUACCACCUUAGAUGAUACAUCAGUGACACAACCUGCCACUUUAGAUGACAGAGCGGUCACACAACCUACCACCUUGGAUGAUACGACACAACCUGCCACUUUAGAUGACAUAGCUGUGGCACAACCUGCUAUGUUAGAUGAUACAAAGGUGACAAAAUCUGCCUCCUUACAUGAUGCAGGAGAAACAUCACCCCAAGCUUCAGUAGAUAGUGCCCCAAAACCAAGGGCUGAAGAGGACAGUACAAGCACUUCUCCUGAAGUGGAAUCUCCACCAUUAUCGAGUCAGCCAACUGAAAGCACACCGGGUCCCAGCGUCAAAUCAGAAGGGACCCGAGGCAAGCGCAGUGUAUCACUAAGAGGCACUGCAGGCAAACUUGUACAGACUAUGAAAGUAAAAAAGAUUGUCAAAUUUAUAGGAGAGGGUAUGGUUCCAGACAGCCGAGAGAGGUCAGAUGCAGAGUCCCCAGAAAGUCCUCAACCAGGGGCAGUGGAAGGAGCUGAGGAGUCAAGUGCCGAUGCACAAGAAGCUGGAACCAUGCAGGUACAGAAACGGUUAACAGGCAAGUCAAAAGAAAUCCGUGAAAAGAAAGACACAAAGCGCACUAGUAAAAUGUUAGCAGGCAUACUGCAAUCAAAGCAGGCAGAGAGGACAGAAGAGGUCCUCCAGAGCUUAGGAACUAAAUUGCAAGAGACCGCCAGGGACAGAGGGGGUGUGAUAGAUGCAGAGACUAUCAAAGACAUUUUUGAGGAACUGGGCAUUGCUUAUCCGGAUAUUGCACUAGGACAGGUGACUGGAAGCCAUCCCAUUGACAAACCAGGCAAAGGAUACACUGCAAAAAGGCUCUCCUUAGUACCUUCUGUACCUGAACAAGCACUUAAAAAGGAAAGGCGACGGACUUUGGAAGAAGUGCCAUCUGGUCAAGACAUAAGCUCUGCAUUGCAAGAAUUCCAAACAGCUAUCCUUGCCUGUAUAGAGGAUAAGCUAGAGAAAGCAAAGACGGGCUCCCUAGGCACUCAGAAGCGGCUGGAGCCCACAGAUCCACAGGUUCAACAACUUUUUCAGGCAAUAGACAAAAAACUGGAAGAAUGCUUCUCCAUGAAACAGAAGAUUAUGAGAAGCGUACAAAGCAAAGAAGAGUUGCUAGAUGGAGAGGAAAGAGAAAUCGAAAUCAUAACUUCUCUCCAUGACACUCCUUCUGCUGUGGGCCAUUUAUCCUCAGGUAGUUCUUUGAGUGUGCCCAGAAGAGAACGUGAAGAACCAACAACAUCUGGAAAUGCCUCACAUUUAGAGGCAUGGGAAGAGAAGGAACUUGAGCAGGAAAUGGAGCAGGAGAUAGGGCUGGAGAAGGGAGGGAGGGAAAAAGAAAAGAAAGAGAAGAAACAGGAGAAAGAGCAGGAGAUGGAAGUGAAGAGGGAGCCACUGUAUCAAAAAGAAAGACUCUCCCCACUGGAUGGACACCUGCCAAAGCUGGAAGAGGAGGAGGAAGAAGACUAUUACCAGAUGUUACCUCCCCACAAAGAAAAGCGAUCUCUGGAGGAUUUGCCAGAUGAAAGACAUCUGCUGGGCAGGGCAUCAUCAUGGGAAGGGAAAAAACACAAAAUAAUACAACCUUCUGAUGAACUCCAGACGCACCUCCGCAGGCGAAAAGAGCCACUGUGGAAAGAGAGUAAACCAGUCGCUGAAAUGGAGAGCUUGCAGGAGUUGGAUGAAGGCAAGGAGCUCUUGCACAUGCAGCUGCAGGAGCAGCUGGAAAGAGAGAAGGAGCAGCUGCAAGAGGAACUUAGGCAGCUGCAAGAGGAGCGGCAGCGGCUGGAGGAGGAAGAGAAGCACCUUGAGCAAUGGAAGCAGAUGUGUGAGCAGCAGCAGGUGCAGUGGGAGUAUCAGCAGCAGCAGCACAAGGAACAAGAGCAUUUGUGGCAGGUGCAGCUUCAGCACUGGCAGCACCUGCAGCAGGAAAAUGAGGCGCAGGCACAACACUGGUCGGUGCAGAGAGAGCAGCAGAAGGAGCAGCAGGACCUGUUGCAGCAGGAGAUUGAGCGGCUGCAGCAGGAAUACAGAGAGUACCUGAAAAUGCGAGGGGAGCAAGCGGAAGAGCAGUGGCGCUGGAAUCAGCUGAAAGCCUGGCACGAGCAGCAAGCGAAGACCUGGCAAGAGGAGGACGAGGAGCAGGAGAGAAAGAGGCACCGGCUGCAGGAGCAGCUGGCCCAGCACGAGGAGCAGCUGGAGGCCUUGCGGCAGGAACGGCAGGAGCAGGAGCAAGCGCUGAAGAGGUUGCAGCAGGAGCAGCAGGAGCGGCAGGAAGCCCUCCAGCACCUCUGGGAGAAGCGGUGGCGGCGGCAGCUAGAAAGCUGGCACCGUCAGAUGCAGAGACAGCGGGCGCAGCAAUACAAAUGGCAGGAACACAGCAAGCGCUUGCAGGAGAGGCAGCGACAGCUGUGGAAAGAAGCCAAGUCCCCAGCUCCCAAGCUAAAAGUGGUGGAAGGCUCUGCUCUGGAUCAGUUUUCUAAGCAAGAGAAAGUCUCUCCCACCUCCAGGGAAAGACACCCCUCUACUACGCCUCAACUUACCCCCAUUCCUAGCACUGAAUUUGAGGAAGACACCUUAGAGCUGGAGACCACCUGGUUCCCCAAAUUGUUCACCAAAGCCGGGGAUUUUUCUGCCCCUGGCAUCACAGAGAAGCGUUACUGGAUUAAUGUGGAAGCUCAGAGAAAAAACCUGGAGUUGUUAAAGGAAGCGGCCAAAAAUGCUGGGGUUUCGUCAGAACUCUACUCCAAAGCCAAGGCGAUGAUCAACCAAGCACUGCACAGCGAUGUGGAGAGACUGGGUUUGCUUUUCCAAAAGUACACAUCUUUCUACCAUCUCCAGGAAGCCAGAAGAAACUUAACUAUACAGUUGGAUGCUGCUAAAGAUAUUCAAGAUGGGGUUAAAAUGCAGAAUUUGUACAAGAUGGUGGAAAAGCUGGAUUCCUACCAGAAAAAGGUUCUGGACAAUUGGACGGUAAAGCAGAAUGCUGUGGAGAAGAAACGUCGGCGGUGCCUUGAAAAGAUGAUUGCAUUGUUUGCUCAGCUUCGCUUGAGCACCAAACUCCACCUAAGUUACCCUCACCCACUGAUGAUCAAAGCGGGAGACAGCACAAAGAAGGAGAUUCUGCAUAUGCCACGUAUUGGAUCUGUCUUCCUAAAGCCCAAAGUCUACUCAAGUCCUCUCAUCAGUGUGAAGAAACCACCAGAUUUCACAUUCUCAGCUGUAGUCAGAGAGCCAAGCAGUGAACAGCUAACAUCGUUGUGGAACACUGAUAUCACAGAACUGAGUAUCCCUCUUGGACCCAAAACACCAGUGUCUGUGUUGUGGUCAGAGGCUUGUGGCUUUCCAGAUAUCCCUAGACUUUUGGAGUUAGACAUUUCCUCCAUUAGGAAGAAGCCCCUUCAAAAUAUAAAGACACGGAUUCAAAGUAUUCCAAGAUGGAAAAUAUCUGGAUACAAUUUCAUGCAUCUGUAAAUUAGAUAGUAACCUACACAGUUUCAAUAUGUAGUUUAAUUGUGUCUGUAAAAGAAUAAUAAUAUGUAAGUAGUUGAAUAGGCAGUAUAGUUUUAAAAGAGAGUAUGUGUUGUAUUCAUAUGUCUCUUAAGGUUAUGGAGCUAUAGAGCUCAAACAGAGAGCAUUGUUAAUUUACCCAUUUAUUUAUGUGUUUUGCUCCUUGCUCUAGUAAGAUUAAUGGUCCGAAGUCAAAUCUGCAAGCAUUUUGAGCUGGCUAGCUAGCCGACUAGGUACAUUUUAUUAGUUAAUGACCAAUAUCUGAAAAAAAAAACAUAUAUACAUAAAAUAUGUUAUUCC